UCCCCUCACUUUCUUUCUUUUUUCUUUCCUUCUCUCUCUCCGUCCAUUCCUCCUCCCUCUGUUUCUGAUGGUCAGUCAAUGAGAGCUUCACAGAGAAACACAGAGACUUCUGGACCAACUGUGAGACUGAGGGGAGAGACAGAAAGUCAUCACAGGGGUAAAAUCCCUGAAGGAGAGGUGGGAGGAAAAAACAACCAGCAAACGCCUGACUGAAACAAAGAGACAACAGCUGACAGAGAUCCAUUUAACCUCCAGGGAAAGUGCUACUAAUUGAAUCUAAAAAUCUUGGAAACAAUCAGCUUCAGUCCUCUCAAACAAACUGCUUAAAUCAGCUCAGAUUUCCUGAGCACGCCAACAGUUGCUUUUGUUUUCCUAAACAACCUGAGGGAGGAUCUUCACAGUUUUCCUCCUGUGCAUCAGCUCCAUCCUCAGCAAUGCUUCCCACCUUCCCUUCCCUCCUCCUCCUCCUCUUGGCUGGUCCUGCCCUCCUGACUUCAACCUCCCAGCAGUUACAGGUCAGGGGUCAAAGGACACCAAGGGAUACCAAGGAGGAUGCGAUCAAGGUAGUGAUCUCUGAGGGCUGCACCACUCACGGUGAAUCAUCUGAUGUGAGCCAAGGAGGUAAAGAAAUCGACCUCGUCCCUGGUUCUCCUCUGGUCCUGACCCAUAAGAUCAAACUGGUUCCAUCAGGUUCAGGGUUUGGGUCUAGGCCUGGGUCAUGUGGCUGCGAGGCGGACUUUGCUGCCCUGCGGGAGCGUCUGGAGAGGCUGGAGAGGGAGGUGUCGUCUCUCAGGGAGAAAUGUGGAGGAGCUGAAGGAGGCUGCUGCACCUCCAAGGAGAGCAAAGGUGCAGGGUGCUCCAUUAAGCCAAAAAUUGACGAAUGUCCCAAUGAGUGCAGUGACCAGGGUCGCUGCGUGGAUGGCAAGUGCGUUUGCUUCCCUGGUUUCAGUGGGCUGGACUGCAGUGACUCCAACUGUCCAGGAAACUGCAACAACAACGGGAAGUGUGUGAAUGGACAGUGUGUGUGCGAUCCUGGCUUCACCGGUCCCAAAUGCUUGCAGAGAAGCUGCCCUGACAACUGCAACAACCAGGGCAGAUGUGUAAAUGGUAAAUGUGUGUGUGACAGUGGUUUCACAGGACCCAGUUGCUCAGACAAAUCCUGUCCUGGAAACUGCAACAACAAAGGGCGCUGCGUCAACGGACAGUGUGUGUGUAAUCCUGGAUUCACCAGUCCGGACUGCUCAAAGAAAGCCUGUCCUAACAACUGCAACGACCGUGGAAGAUGUGUGAAUGGCAAAUGUGUAUGCAACAGCGGCUUCACCGGUGCUGACUGCUCUGAAAUCUCCUGCCCCGGUAACUGCAACAACAAGGGGCGCUGUGUUAACGGACAGUGUGUUUGUGAUGAUGGAUUCACCGGCUCGGACUGCUCUGAAAGAACGUGCCCUAAUGACUGCAACAACCGUGGCAGAUGUGUGAAUGGUAAAUGUGUGUGUGACAGUGGCUUCACCGGUGACGACUGCUCUGAGAAAUCCUGCCCAGGUAACUGCAACAACAAGGGGCGCUGUGUUAACGGACAAUGCGUUUGCGAUGACGGUUUCGCUGGCCAGGACUGCUCCGAAAAGGCUUGUCCUAACAAGUGCAGCAACCGUGGGAAGUGCGUGAAUGGGAAGUGUGUUUGCGAUGUGGGCUUUGCUGGACCAGACUGUGCCGCCAAAGCUUGUCCCAAUAACUGCAACAACAAAGGACGGUGUGUCAAAGGGAAGUGUGUCUGCCGGCGUGGGUUCACCGGACCAGACUGCAGCCAGUGUGAGGAGGGGAUGACCGGACCCAACUGUGAUACCGUCAUGUCAGGGGUUUCCCAGCUGAGCACCAAAGCGAUCACAGACACAUCCGUCACUCUGCUCUGGACCCCACCUCCCAUCCAGUAUGAUGCCUACCACAUCACCUUUACCAGCCAGAAGGAGAGUGACCAGCAGAUAACCGUGCAGGUGGAGGGCAGCCUGACAACCUUCACCCAGACAGGCCUGGCAGCCGGUCAGGAGUACACCGUCAGCAUCACCGGAGAGAUCAACGGCAGGAGGGGAGCCAAGAGCUCGACCGAAUUCACAACCCUCAUCUCUGGUCCCACAAAACUCCAAAUUGUCAAGACGACCUCCACGUCUGCGGUGGUCCAAUGGGAACAGUCACAGGGUGAGAUUGACAGGUACCGUAUGACCGUGUCGCCCAAUGACGGAGCAGGGAGGAGUCAAGAAAUGACCUUUCCACCUGGCAGAGACUCCGCCCACAUCCAGCAGCUGGAGGCAGGGCAUUUGUAUGACAUCAUACUUGUGGCAGAAAAAGGCUCGAGUCAGAGUGAACCAGCAACCACUCAGACAAUUCCUGGGAAUACAUUACCGAAGGUUACCAUGGCAGCUGUGACCACACAGGUCACACCAGCACCAGGACAAGAACUUGGCGACAGAGACAAAGAGUUGAACCCUGAGAGGCAAGUCUUUGACCAACAGGGGAGGAAGGAGGAUGGGAGCGAGGCUGACUCUGUGAAAGUCAGAGGUGUCCCUGGUCAUAACAAAGACCCCUCAGCCACUGUGAUUGCCAAAACUAAACCUCUGGUGAGCAGAAAAGAUGGCGCCAAGCUCAAACUCGCUGAAAGGCCUGUAUUUUCCAGGAAGCCAAAUGCCCCGAACUUUUCACGUUUCAACGCAACCAGAGUUGUGCCUGGAGGUAGAAAAGUUGGCCCUAGCACAAAGACCCCAUUAUGGGAGAAGAAGGCGCCGUUUGCAGCCAAAAAACCUAAACCAGGUACUCCCACUGUAGGAGACAGGACACAGGAGGAGACAGCUUUGACUAUGAGAGACCCAAGUGUAGAGGCAUCGAGUACUGAGAGGAGGGAAGACAAAAAUCCACCUAUAAUGUCUUGGACUGAUUCAGGAACCAACACGGAAGAUCUAACUGUUCCUGUUGGCUCAAAAAAUCCACCAGAUGUUGGCACAGCAGUCCAGGGAAGCAACGCUGAUCCAGGGUCUUUAGGGGCAACUGGGGCUGGUCAAAGCCACGAGAAGAAGUGUAUGAAUAAAAUUAAAGUGACACACAUCAGAUUACCCCAUAAGACAGACAGAGGCAGCGGGUGUAGAGGGGAUGGAACAGUGCUGGAAGGAAAAACUACGUCAGACUCACAUCAGGGCUCCUCUGAAACAGAUGAUACGCCACUGAAAAAUAAUUUUGAUUUGAAGCCGUUGUCCACAGAGACUGAGCUCAAUUAUUCACCAGAUCCUUUACAUAAACUCCUCACAGACACUUUUGACAGUUUGAAUAUCACAACAUUUUCUGUUCACCUGUCCAAACCUGCAGACCUUUCUGAUGAUGCAGCAACAGUGAGGAAGCAGAUUUUAGGAGGACUGAAGCCACUGUCAUCAUUCUCUUCAUCUCCAUCAGCCUCAUCACCCUCACAAUCAUCAUCAUCACCACAUUCAUCAGUCUCAAAAUCAUCAUCACAUCCAUCAACCUCACAAUCAUCCUCUUCAUCUGUAGAAUCAACAUCACUCACUUCAUCUUCAACAUCAUCACCAUCACCUUCAUCAUCAUCCUCUUCCAAUUCAGAAAUAUCAGAUCCAGUUGAAAGCAAUGAAGCAGAUGUUGCUACUGACAAAAGUACCAAAAGUACCACUGAUGCUGUAUCACCAGAAGAUCCAAAAGUACCUUUCAGAGUAGGAAGCAUACCUAUUUUCCGUCGCACACCUCCAAAAGGUGGAUUCAUGCGUCGCCCACAACCAAACAUGGGACCCUCUCAGAAUCGAACCCGUCCAAAUUUAAAAGUUCCUUACCAUUCUUCUUCACCUUUAAACCUCAUCCCUACUAGAGAGACAGAGACGACACAUACCCCCACAAGUGAGUUAUCAUUGUCGCCGUCUUCAUCUGCUUCAGAAGAAUCAUCUGCAGUUGAGGUAAAUGCACCAGUGAGUGAUACGAGUGCAGACAAAGAUAAAGCAACUACCAUUAUAUCCUCUGGAGCUGAACAAAAUCAGAAAAAAACACCAACAGAAGGAGGAAGACUCCCAGUUCGUCGUCUUCCUCCAAAAGGGGGAUACCUGCAUCGCCCCCUUUCAAACGUGGGACCUUUUCAGAACCAAACUCGCCCAAACACGAGAGUCCGGGCCCGUCCUUUUCGACCUAUAAAUCCUGCAAAGGAGAUCAACACUGAGCCAAUUUCUUCCACUGAAUCACCAGCCUCUUCAUCACAUCCUUCCAGUCCCAAAGAAAAAUCCUAUCCAGCUGAAGGUACAGGGACAGGAGUAGAGGACACUGAAGGCAGAGUUAGGGCAAGCUUGCCCACCAAGCUCAGUCAGACUAGAACUAAUGGAGUCCCUUCUUCUGAUCACCCAACCUCCAAAGUUAGUUUCUCACGUCGCCCUAAUCUGUAUGUUGGGCCUUUCCGAAACAGAACCCGUACAAACCUGAGACCACCUCAACCUCCACAUAGAAGUCCAAUGAGUAAGCAUUUCCCCAAAAGAAAGCCAAAUGGAAGCAGCAGCAUUGCAGUUGGAAGUCAAGCUAUCCAAUCAGAAAAGAAGAAUACCACUGAAUUCCCAGAUAACCAAUCUGGACAGCAGGGUUACAACAACCCUACCCAAGAAGUCCAAAUUAGACAAUUUGGAGAUCAAGACACUGCAGGGGAAAUCCACAUGGGUGGCCAUGACACUACCGUCAGACCACAGACCAACCAGUUAGAAAAGGGGGACAAUGAUCUGAUUCAAACCAGCCAAUCUGGGGAAGAAGAAACUCAGACCCCAGAAUCUAACUCUGACUCUGGUAUUCAUAAAGAGCGAGUCAAUGCAGCCAAAACUACUGGCACUACAAUUCAAGGAAGACCAAUAAUCAAACAAACUUCCUCUGAUUCAAGAGCCUCAAGACCAGUCACACUUCCAAAGAGACAACCACCAACUAGAAGAAUAACAACCAAGAUGAGAAAUAUCGGUGGGAGCCAAAGGGGAGAGGAUCCAAAAACAAAUCAUACUGCAAAACUGGAGUUUGACAGUAAAACUGACCAAACAACAGGCAGUAAUUCCAAAUCUCCAACGGGAUCAGAUGUUUCUUCAUCUGGAGUCACAAGGGAACCUCUGAACCAUGUGAGGGUGACGGACCAGACCUCAGACAGAUUUACAGUCAUAUGGGAUGCACCUGAGGGGAAGUAUAAAAACUUUGUUGUGACCAAGAAAGAAGCUGGAAAAGAUGAAGAGCCAAAGGAGAAGGAAAGCAGGAAAAAGCAGGAACAAGAAGACUCUGAGAAAGAAGAUGGCAAGGAAGACAAGGAAAGGACAAAUAAACCAACAAAAGAAACAGAAGCUGAUAACAGAAACACUGAAGAGGAAAACAGAGUAUCUGAAAGUGUCAGCACACAGGUACCAACCAUCCAAAACAUCAAAGGAGUCAAACCUGCAACAGAAAGUGACGAAACCUUCAAAAAAGUUCUUCCCGGUUCAGCUCGCUCCUUCCAGUUUGAGGAUCUGUCUCCGCAGACCGAGUACACUGUGACCUUACUUGGAAAGGGUCCUGGCCUUCUGUCCAGACUGCACAAGCUUGUCAUCAGUACAGGCCCAGAGCCUCCAUCCAACAUAAUCUUCAGUAAAGUGACAGAGAACUCUCUGACGGUGUCCUGGACCAAACCCAAGAGACCUGUCAGUGCUUUCAAGGUCACCUACACCCACACUAAGGAAGGUGAGCCGGUGUCUGUGUCCGUGGACUCCAGCAAUUCCUCUCUCGGCCUAUCACAGCUCUCUCCUGGCUCCUCUUACGAGGUCAACGUCAUCUCCAUCCUUGGACUGGAUGAGAGCGACCCCGUCAAAGACUCUGUCAUGACACUCCCUGACCCUGCUACAAACCUACAGGCCGUAAACAUCACAGACACCAAGGCCUUGUUGUUAUGGCGUCCAGCAUUGGCUGCCAUUGAUAAAUAUGCCAUUGUUUAUGGCUCGGGGAAAGAUGCAGCUUUGAGGAUCACAGUGUCUGGAAACGCAGCAGAGCAGCAGCUGAGUGGUUUGGAAGAAUCCACCACCUACACCGUCACCAUAACCAGCGAGCUGGGCAGCCUGCAGAGCCCAGCAGCCACCACCAGCUUCACCACCACCAGCGGCUCUGGGAAACUACGUGACCUCCAAGCAAGCCAGGUGACCCCUCGCACUGCCCUGUUGUCAUGGAAACCACCCUCAAAGCCUGUGGGGAGCUACAGGCUGACCUAUCAGACUGAAAGUCAAGAAAUGAAAGAAGUGAUUGUGGAUGCCACAGUAACAGAGUACAACCUGACCAGGCUUGAUCCUGGAUCCAAGUACACCGUUCAGCUACAGGCAGAGGGAGGAGAAGGCUCCACCAUCUCCACUGACUUCACCACUGGCACCAUGCAGUUCCCCUUCCCAAGUGACUGCUCCCAGGAGCUGAUGAACGGCAUCAGGAUAUCAGGCGUGGUGGAGAUUUUCCCACAGGGGAAGCUCGGGACGCCGAUGAAGGUUUACUGCGACAUGGAGACAGACGGAGGAGGCUGGACGGUCUUUCAGAGGAGGAAGGAUGGCUCUGUGGAUUUUUUCAGAGGUUGGAAGGAUUACGUCAAAGGAUUCGGAGAUCUGAGUGGAGAGUUCUGGAUGGGUCUUGACAGUAUACACAACCUCACAGCGACGACCAGGAUGAGUCUGCGUGUCGACCUGCGUGAUGGACAUGAGUCGGUGUUCGCCAAGUACUCAACUUUCGAGGUGGCCAAGAGGAACUACAGACUAACGGUGGGCGGAUACAGUGGCACUGCAGGCGACUCCCUCAGUUACCACAACAAUCGAAUCUUCUCCACCAAGGACCGUGACUCAGCGCCAUUCAUCACCCGCUGUGCCAUGUCAUACCGCGGCGGCUGGUGGUACAAGAACUGCCACGAGGCAAACCUCAACGGCCUGUAUGGCAUCGAUGUCAAACACCAGGGUGUGAUCUGGACCACCUGGAAAGGAAAAGAUUUCUCCAUCUCGUUCACUGAGAUGAAGAUGAGACCAGCAGCCUUCAGUCCUCCGACCAGAGGAUGAGAGGAUGAGAGAAGAUAAUGAACUGUUAAACACGUGUUGGACAGCAGCGAGGACAACAUGCGUGCAAACACACACACACACAUAGGAACACACACAUACACACACACAAGAUGAAGACGUAUUUUUUCAUUUGUAUAGAGGACAGUUAUCAGUAUGUUACUGUAGAUUGUACAGUUUUCAUGUUUUUAUCGUGUUUUUAAAGCGGGGCUGCUCCAACUUUCUCUAUAUUUAAAGGGUCAUUUCACCCCAAAUUACACAAAAUAUAAAGUAUUUCAGAUAACAUGCUGAUAUUUUAGAGAUAUCUGAACUUCUACCCCAAUAUAAUGUAUGAUGUAAACAUGGCUGUUUGCAGCACUUUUAUUGAUGUUUCUCUUCUUGCUGAUUCAGAGGUGAUUUUCUGUCUGUGCACGCAGGCUUUUCAUUGUUUUUGAUGUAAAUAAAAAUCAUACUAAAUGCCUCA